AUGAAUAGCAUAGCAACGUUUGAUACAAAUUGGGGCGUCCUCAUUCACCUCAGUACCACUCGUCCGCCAAAAGUCAAAAAAUGCUGUACUGAUAGUAAAGUAAAUGAAGCAAUGGGCACAUAUCUGCUAUCACCGGCACGAGAAUGGAACUUAAUCGAGAAUGUGCCCUUCCUUUCGGCGGUACAUCCUUCUUUAUGGACGGAUUUGGAUCGAAUUCAUGAUGUGAGCUUCCGUUAA